AUGCAGCUCUCGAAGCUCUUCACUCCCAUCCUCGCCGCCGUUGCGGGCCUGGUCGCUCCCGCCAGUGCCCAGCGCAUCGGUCCCUCCCACCUCUGCACUCCGACCGGAGACGGCUUCUGCACCCUGGGCGUCUUCUCGGUCUCCAACCCGACCGGCCACUUCGUCACCGUCUACGACAGCAGCUGCCGCUGGCUGGGAACUCUCGCAAACAAUGACAACCCGCUCCCGCCGUCGGGCACCUGGACCUUCCACUCUCAGCUCCCGUACACCAUCGAGCUGACCAUCGACCGCCCCGAUGACCGCCAGGCGCGCGGUUACUUCUGGUACAAGGGCCGCCAGACGAUCCUCGAUUCGGGCUUCAGGAGCAACUGCAACGAUGCCGACGACUGGACUUCUUGCCUCCGCGUUGCGUUCAACUGCUCCUAG